AUGUGGCAUCAAGGUGAAGUCCCACAAGAUUUCAAAGACGCCACAAUCGUGCACCUAUACAAGCGAAAAGGCAUUUGCCAAAUCUGUGACAAUCACCGUGGCACCUCCUUGCUGAACAUCGCCGGGAAGAUCUUCCCUCGCAUCCUUCUAAACCGCCUCAAUAACCACAUGGAACAGGGCCUUCUGCCGAAAAGCCAAUGCGGCUUCCGUCGUCAUCGUGGGACCACGGAUAUGAUCUUCGCAGCCCGCCAAAUACAGGAAAAGUGCCAGAAGAUGCGGAACCACCCAUACUCUACCUUCGUGGAUCUGACGAAAGGACUGUGGAAUACCAUGCAGAAAUUUGGCUGUCCGGAGCGAUUCAUUCUGAUGGUGCGUCAGCUGCACGACAGUAUGAUGGCGCGAGUCACGGACAAGGGUGAUGUCUCAGAGGCAUUCUCAGUGACCAACGGAGUGAAGCAUGGAUGCUUGCUGGCGCCUACCUUCUUCAGUCUUAUGUUCUCUGCCAUGCUAAUGGACGCCUACCGCGACGAACGCCCCGGGAUCCGCAUCUCCUACAGGACGGAUGGUCACCUGCUAAAUCAACGGCGGAUGCGCUUCCAAUCGCGCGUAUCCACAACCACCGUUCACGAACUUCUCUUCGCCGACGACUGCGUCCUGAACACCAUCUCGGAAAAGGAGAUGCAACGCAGCAUGGACCUGUUCUCCGCCGCCUGCGAGAACUUCGGUCUGGCCAUUAACACGCAGAAGACGGUGGUGAUGCACCAACCGCCAACCAACUCAGCCACAGCCCUCAACGCAUCGCCGCAAAUCAGCGUGAAUGGGACCCAACUGCUAUUCGUGGAGAACUUCCCGUACCUGGGCAGUACUCUCUCGCGCAACUCCAAGAUCGACGACGAAGUCGCCAACAGGAUCUCGAAAGCCAGUCAAGUCUUCGGUCUCCUCCAAAGCACAGUUUGGAAUCGCCACGGUCUCCAACUCAGCACGAAGCUGAAGAUGUACAAGGCCGUCAUCCUCCUGACGCUGCUGUACGGAGCGGAAACUUGA